AUGGCCAGAUCAGCAAGCGGGGCAGCAUGGCUGGCCCCUUGUCGGCAGUUCUUCUCAAACAACCCGAAGAAGUUGGCCUUGCGCGUUCGCCUAUUGCUUUUUCUGGACUGUGUGAUCUUGGGAUUGAUAAUUGCUGCUCUCACGGGUCCCUGGUACAAGCAAGAAUGGAGAGUUGCCAAUGGGGAAAUCCUGUCGUGGACUGUAUACCUCACCAGAGCAAAGUUUGCUGUCGACUGUUCAUCAGACUCCCCUGAAUUUCUAGACCUUUGUCAAACUCUUUACGGCCGCAUGGCUGGAGAUCUGCGAGCAGUAUCUCGUUCGAUUUGCACAGCGGGGAAGAAAGUGCAGGACACAGACCUUCAAGCCCUGCUGGAGGAGACGUGUUCAGAUAUGCAGCUCAUAGAGAAGCUCUCUGUUUCCACGGGUGCCCUGGCGGGAAUGUCGGCAUUCUUUAUGUCUUUUGGCUUGGUGGCGUUUUUACUGCAUGCAGGUGGCGGUUUUCGAAACCGCCGAGCGUGGAGACCUCCGCUGAAUGUGGCAUUUGACCCUGCACAAGCUGAGCCCUUCGCUCACGAGUUGCUAUACGGGUUCAUAAUUGCCAUUGCUGCUUCGGCGUUGACCUUUUUCUACCUUCCCUUUUGGUGGAAGGCGGCUCCUUUCGAUCCAGACCCGUAUUUUUUAGAACCGGCAGACUUGCGUCAAGGAUUUGUGUAA